UUUGGUCUGGACUUUCUUGGACUGAUUCCAUCUGAUACCACUAUAAUUGCGAUUGCAAUCUCAAAAAGAUAAGUUUUGAAAAACUUAUUGCACAAAAAUUAAAGAAUGGCACUUAGGACAACUGCUGUUUUAUGUAAUAAUAUGAAGAAAUGGGCAUAUAAUUUAGCUGGAUUCAAUAAAUACGGUCUGAUGCGUGAUGACUGCCUUUAUGAAAAUGAUGAUGUCAAAGAAGCACUACGUCGCCUGCCUGAUCAUGUGGUUGAUGAGCGCAACUUCCGCAUGGUGCGUGCCAUUCAGUUAUCCCUUCAAAAGACUAUUCUACCCAAAGAAGAGUGGACUAAGUUUGAAGAGGACAAACUUUAUCUAACUCCUAUUGUUGAACAGGUGAAGAAAGAGAGAAAAGAACGUGAAGAGUGGGAGAAAAAUUAUUAAAUUUCUGUUUACCUAUUAUAGUUAUAUGCACUAUUUAAUUUAAUAAAAUUAGCAAGU